AUGACAACUCCGAGUCGUAGACGUUUAAUGCGAGACUUCAAAAAGUUGCAAGAAGAUCCGCCAGCUGGUGUUUCUGGCGCGCCAACUGAGGACAACAUUUUGGCGUGGGAGGCCAUCAUUUUCGGACCACAGGAAACACCAUUCGAGGAUGGAACCUUUAAGGUGAGUUUUUUUUCUAGCUUCAAAUCCACGUCAUAACUUUAUUUUCUAAAUUCAAAAGUUACACUUAUCAAAACUCCCUUGAAUUAUAAAUAUGACGUGGAAAAAAUGGCAUUCUGUUGGGAAGGAAAAAAUCGAAAAAUUUUUGAAGUCUGAAAGAGCAAAAAGUUUUUUUUUCUCAAAAGUGUGUAAAAAAUGAAAAAUUAUCAAGACCGAAAAUUUUCGAUUUUUAGACAGCUUUUCCACGUCAUAACUAUAUUUUGAGCAUUGUAUUUUUAACCAUUUAAUUUUACUGGUUUAUAAUUGAAUCAAAAUAUUGAUAACAUUGUAUUUUUGUGUAUCCAAGUUUUAAAAAAUCAAAUUUUUUUUGCAGCUCUCUUUGGAAUUCACAGAAGAAUAUCCGAACAAGCCACCAACUGUCAAAUUCAUCUCGAAAAUGUUCCAUCCAAAUGUAUAUGCUGAUGGAUCGAUUUGUUUGGAUAUUUUACAGGUAAAUAUUGCAUUUUUUGAAAAUAAUAGUUACGUAUUAAUUUCUCCUAAACAAUCUGAUUUCUGAAAAGUUUUUCAAAGAAACUAUGAAAUUUGACACGUCAUAGCUCAAUUUUAUACUUCGAAUCGAAUUGUUUGUAAACUUGUUGAAUUUUCUCAAAAAGUCCUACACAAUAAUAAUUUCCUUGAUUCCGAAUUUACUGAUUGGGCACUCGGGCUUCAAAAAUCUACUGAUUUCUUCAAUUUCAGAACCGCUGGUCUCCAACCUAUGACGUAGCCGCAAUUCUGACAUCCAUCCAAUCAUUGCUCGACGAGCCCAAUCCAAAUUCACCAGCAAAUUCGCUCGCCGCACAAUUGUAUCAGGAAAAUCGACGAGAGUAUGAGAAACGAGUGCAGCAAAUCGUUGAACAGGUAACCAACCCUUUUUUUCUUAAAUUCCAAAAGUUUCUUAUCCAAAGAAAACCAAGAAUCCAAUUUUUCUCGAAAUGUACUUCAGUUAUUACGAAGCUUAAAAAUACGAAAAUUAUCAGAUAAACUACGGUAGUUUUUGAACCACUGAACAUUUCAAAAAAAAUGAACAAAAAGUUUCCCGUAAAAAUUAGACAGAAAUAUUGAAUUUUCCCAAAACCCUUAGUUCUUUCAAAAUCCUCCAGAUUCCUCUAAUUCUAGAAUUUUGAAAUCUCCCAAAUUUUCUCCUCAAACUCCUAAUUUUUUCCAGUCCUGGCUAAACAUUGGCGAAAACGAAGGCGACGUCGAACUCAAAGACGAUGGCGGCGAUUCGAUCGAUGAAAAAGCCGUCAUAACUUCAACAUCUGAAAAUGCUGAUGCUGAAAAUAAUGAAGGCGGAGCAUCGGCAUCAAAUGUUUGA